AUGAGCGGGGCCAGCCCCGCGUCCCCCGGCCGCGGCAGCGCGGCGGCCCCGCCGCCCGCCGACAGGAGACGGGACUCCACGGCCGCCGGCUCCCCGAUCCAGCCCAUCAUCAAGGAUGUUGGGGAAGUCUAUUCAAGACUGCUGGAUCACCGACCAGUAAUUCAGGGAGAAAUACGUUACUUUGUUAAAGAAUUUGAAGAAAAACGUGGCCUCCGAGAGCUGCGAGUACUUGAAAAUCUCAAAAAUACGAUCUUUGAUGCAAAUGAACGUGUUCUUCCAAAGUGUGAGCAGGCAAUGCAGGACAACUUGAGUGAAACCUUCAAGAGAUUGCAAGCUGCCAAUGCCAUGAUCCAUAGACUCCAAGAGAGGGAGUGUGAAGCGAGAAAGCUUCAGGCAGACAAGAUGAUGGCUCGUGAGGAGAAGUGCAUUGCUCACUGGGAGGAGUUCAUGAGAGAACAGCAGAACAAACGCGCAGAGGUGGACGAAGAGCACAGAAAGGCGAUGGAGCGCCUCAAAGAGCAGUAUUCUGAGAUGGAGAAGGAACUGGCCAAAUACGCUUCUUUUUAACACCUUUUUCAAUAAUGCUGGAUUUGUGCCAUGCUCAGCUGCUUCUGGCUUGAAUUGAGGUUCUUUUGGAAAGCUGAAGCUGAUAGAAAAAAAGGAGGAUUUCCUCUACAGUCUUGGAAUGG